AUCCUGUAACCGAGCCGAGCAUCUCCGUGAGAGCUGACAGCGAAUCAGUCAACAUCAGCUGCACAGUUCCAGACGGUGUCCCUACAGGCCGCUUUCUGUUGCUAAAGGACACAGUUCCCAUCAUCAACAGCACCAUCAGCCAGCAAUCCUUCACCUACACCAUUCCGAACAUCACUGUCAGCAGCCAGGGCCAGUACAUAUGUUCCUACAAAACCCAGGUUUCAGGUCGUUGGAUACCCUCAUUUCAAAGUCGCCCUGUAACUGUCGCACGGUCAGGUGUGAGAUUGGUCAAUUCAGACGAUCGUUGCUCUGGAAGAGUGGAAAUCUUUCACGAUGGAAGUUGGGGCACGGUUUGUGAUGAUGGCUGGGAUUUGGCAGAUGCCACUGUUCUCUGCAAGGAGCUGCGAUGUGGACCCGCCCUGUCAGUGCAUGGUAGCACUCAGUUUGGACCAGGUACCGGCAAGAUUUGGAUGGAUGAUGUUUCCUGCGAGGGGACAGAGUCCCACCUCCAGUAUUGCUCCUUCCCUGGUUGGGGAACCCACAACUGUGGUCAUGGUGAGGAUGCAGGUGUAAUCUGUCACCCAGGAUCGGAUGUGAGGUUGGUCAAUUCAGAUGAUCGUUGCUCAGGAAGAGUGGAAAUCUUUCACGAUGGAAGUUGGGGCACGGUUUGUGAUGAUGGUUGGGAUUUGACAGAUGCCACUGUUCUCUGCAAGGAGCUGCAAUGUGGACCCGCCCUGUCAGUGCAUGGUAGUGCUCGGUUUGGACAAGGUUCCGGCAAUAUUUGGAUGGAUGACGUUUCCUGCAGGGGGACAGAGUCCCAUCUCCGGUCUUGCUCCUUCCCUGGUUGGGGAACCCACAACUGUGGUCAUGGUGAGGAUGCAGGUGUAACCUGUUACCCAGAUCCUUCAAUGGAGCCGACAAUCUCUGUCAGCCCUUUAUUGGCACUCUACGUGGCUGGAGAUUCACUCACUAUUAAUUGCACAGUUCCACACAGCAACUUGACUGGACAUCUGGAGUUGUUGAAGGACUCGAAUUCUCUCAUCAUCGGACAAGGAGCCCUCACAUAUGUCACUGAAAACGUCACCACCAGCGACCAAGGGAGCUAUCAAUGUUCCUAUCGGCCUGAGGUGGCAGAGGAAUGGUCACCCAGCUCUCUGAGUCAACCUGUUAAUAUUGUUGUUACAAAUCCUGUAACCGAGCCGAGCAUCUCCGUGAGAGCUGACGGCGAAUCAGUCAACAUCAGCUGCACAGUUCCAGACGGUGUCCCUACAGGCCGCUUUCUGUUGCUAAAGGACACAGUUCCCAUCAGCAACAGCACCAUCAGCCAGCAAUCCUUCACCUACACCAUUCCGAACAUCACUGUCAGCAGCCAGGGCCAGUACACAUGUUCCUACAAAACCGAGGUUUCAGGUCGUUGGAUACCAUCAUUUCAAAGUCGCCCUGUAACUGUCGCACGUGAGUAAGGCUUCCGCUGGCUCUGUAAGACGUGAAUAUUCGGAACCCGUGUCCCAGAGCGUGACUAAUUC